AUGCAUCUUUCACUGUCGCUGGUCACAGUCAUUAUUGUUCUGCUUCACUCUAUCUCCGUUGUAAAAGGUGGAAUAUUUAGUUGGAACAGAACGGAGGUUUGCGUUAGCGCAAGAAGAAUGCAGUUGAUACAACAAAGGGUUGACAGUUUUCAAAGGAUUAUCCAAAGUUAUAAGAAGUUGAAUACGAGAUACGAAGACAGAAUAGUCCAAGUGGAUACAAUUUCUCAAAUAAUAACAAAUAAUCUGAAAGAAGCAUUUCCCAGUAGAGCAAGUAUCACUGAUCGAUAUUACCAGUGUAUAAACAAAAAUUACCUGGAAUACCACAGACCAGACAUCUUCAAGGUGAUGAUGCCGUCAGUGCUGGUCCUCAUAGAGGAAUAUAAGGAAAUUGAUCCAGACAUAAAUGCGGCCCUUUUUCACUGCAAAUAUUUAUUAAAGGAAGCAAAAGAUGAGCUAAAACACAGUAGAUUUGGACCUGCAUACACUGGAUGUGAUAGGUUCCUGCCACCUUUCUCUUCUCAAGGUAUAAGAAGCUGGAAUCUCUUAGUAUCUCAAGUAUAUGAAGAAAUGUCUACACGUGAGGCUAUUAAAGAGUUACUGCCAAUAUAUGAAGCCAUCGUUGACAGACUGACGUCUGUCCAACAAUGGUUCCGGUGGAAGAAGCAGUGUUGACACGCCUUGUGUCAACUUCAUUUUCUUAUGUUUUAACAAUGAAUUAACAGUAAUUUAACAGCACACCCUUCUUCAUUUAUUAUUAAUGCAAAAGUAAUCAUAUUAAAGUA